AUGUCCGCGCUCAGCAGCCAGAAGAUCACAAUGCGCAGAGUAAAGCACGAUGUCCUCUGUGUCGGCCUGGGAGCAUCUGCUCUGUCACUCGCCGUCGCAUAUCGAGAGCGUGAUCCCGGAGCCGACAUUGUGUUCCUCGAGGCGCAGCCAAAGUCGUCCUGGCGACCGAUCCGCAAACUGCCCGGGCAGGACAUGGGCACGACCUUCAUGCACGACUUGAUCACGACUGAGAACCCAAGGUCGAAAUUCACGUUCGUCAAGUACUUGCAUGAAACUGGACGGCUGGUGAAUUUCACCAACGUUGGCAAGAUUAAGCCUGCAGGCGAGCUUUUUGAGGAUUACUUGCGGUGGGUGGCCGAGAAGUUCGAAUCCCAGGUGAAAUGGGCCACACAAGUGGUCUCGAUCGAAGGUGGCAGAGAUGGCAGCGGUGUGGUCGAUGAAUGGACCAUCACGGCUGAAGAUCGUUUGGCUGGCAGCAAGACCAUAAUCAGCGCUAAGAGAGUCAUCGUGGCAGUCGGAAGCCAGUCCAGAGUACCCAAAGCGCUCGGAGGUGGUGGUACAGCAGUGGUGCACGCAUCCAACUUCCAGGAGAGGCUGCAGGAGAAGCUACGCACAGUCAGCCAUGGUGCCAAUAUUGCCAUCGUCGGCGAGGGCCAGCCUGCGGUGGAGCUGCUGGAAUACAUCCAGAGCAUCCGAGGCACCCACACCACCACCCUCUUCACCGAGCAACCCUCUCUACAACCAGCAGCAUCAUCGAGUUUCGCCAACGACACAACCAUCAAGCCCUCACUCGCCGCCCUCAAAAGCCUGCCGCCGGAGCUGAGGAGCCGCGCCAGCGGCCAGAGCGGCGGCGCCGUCGCCCCCGCUGCACAGUCUCAGCUGAUCGAGCGAAUCUACGAGAUCCAAUACAACCAGCGGGUCAAAGAGGCCGACGAAGAGAAUCUCCGCCUCCAGGUCAAGCCCUCGAGUAAGGUCACGAACGUCGAGACCGCGCCCGAUGGCCGUGCAUCCGUCACAUACUUGGACAAGGUCAGCGGCGAGGCCAAGACGCACGCCCGGGACUUUGACCUCGUCAUCGCCGCGACGGGGUACGCGCAGCGGGAGCAAGAUCGUCUUCUGCGGCCGCUUGGGCGGCUUCUGGAGAAUGGGACGGUGUCCGUUGAUAGCAAUUACCGCGUCAACCUUCGCCGAAGGGGAGUGACGAACGGACGCGGGUUGUGGUUGGUGGGUUCUCUGGCGCCGGAGCAAUAUGUGAGUUCCUAUACUAUGGUGAUGCUGAAGGGCGGCGACGCGGCGUUUUCGAUCAUGGCAGAGCGGAGUCGGCGGUUGGUCGAUUCGCUGCUGGCGAUACAGGCCCUAGAGAGUCUGGAGAAGGAGGAAGUUGAAGCGGUGCAAGCACAUCUGUAG